CCUACAUAUUUUAGUGUACUGAAUGCUUUGGUAGUUAUUUGUGAAUAACCCAAUGCCUAUGAGCUUUUUAAUCAAGUUUCGUCCUCGUCAAGAACCCGGAAACACAACACAGAAGGACAGCAGCAGUAACUGACAGCUCGUGUUUAUUUCGCCUGUCACUGAUCUGAAAGUAGGUCACUACAUAAAGUCAAAAUGCCUGAUUGGCAGGAUGCCAUGGACCAUGCCGUGACCUUGGCCAGAAAAGCAGGAGAGAUUGUGAGGGAUGCUGUGCAGAACGACCUGAAGAUCAUGUGUAAAAGCUCCUCUGUUGAUCUGGUCACUAAAACAGACCAGAAUGUGGAGCAGCUCAUUAUAACAUCAGUAAAGGAGAAGUUUCCUACGCAUAGUUUCAUUGGAGAGGAGUCUGUGGCUGCUGGAGAGCCUUGUGUUUUGACUGACAGCCCAACAUGGAUUAUUGACCCUGUGGAUGGCACCACCAACUUUGUACAUGGAUAUCCAUUUGUUGCUAUAUCCAUUGGCUUCGCUGUCAACAAAGCAUUAGAGUUUGGUGUGGUGUAUAGCUGUGUAGAAGACAAGAUGUACACUGCUCGAAAAGGGAAGGGUGCUUUUUGUAAUGGACAGCCCCUACAGGUGUCAGACCAAAAAGAGAUCAACCAGUCAAUCAUCGCUACAGAAUUCGGCUCUAAUAGAGAUCCUCAUGUCGUCGACAAGAUUUUUUCUAGCAUGAGGAAGAUCUUGUGUCUGCCAGUCCACGGGAUACGUGGUGUAGGAUCCGCUGCCAUCAACAUGUGUCUGGUGGCCACUGGUUCUGUGGAGGCUUAUUAUGAGAUUGGGAUCCACUGUUGGGAUAUGGCAGCUGCGGCUGUUAUAGUGUCUGAGGCAGGAGGAGUUCUCAGGGAUGUCGAAGGUGGACCAAUGGAUCUGAUGUCUAGAAGAGUUGUUGCAGCUAAUAAUGAAAUAAUCGCAGAGAGAAUCAUCAAAGAGAUUGAAGCAUUUUCUGCUGUUAGGGAUGAUGUACCUGUAAAUCCUAUAUAAUAAACAUCUUUAUACUGUUUGUACAUUCCGUAUGCAUUCGCUGGUAUGUUUUGUAUCUUAUCAUAAACUAUCACCGUUUUACAAUGUUGAGUUAAAUCUAUUAAAAUAUAAUGCAAUAGUGUAUUAUAAAGUUUUUCCUGUGUUUGCCUACUAAA